UCAAUUUGUCGACUCGCAUGACGAAAUUGAUCUCGACACGGGGGCACGAAUCUGGAGCCACACGGGGUCAAAUCGCGCGUCAAACGCCUAAUCCUGGGGGCAUGUAACGGUCUACCUAUGCACUGUGUAUAUAAAGGUGGCGAAACAUCUCGCAUCCAAUGCAUUGGUACUGCCGUCACCUAUCGACCAGACAUACAGCCGCAGAUCUUCUCAAUCCGCUAAUAUGCAGACAAUCAAGGCGAAGUUCAGUGUCAUCGGCGCCGACGUGACGAAGCGAUGCAUCCUCGUUUGCUCUUUCAGCGCUGUGGCGGGCGUUGGCUUCGGAUACGACUUUACCUGGUGGGGUAGUAUCCUUGGAUCAGUCCAUUUCAACCAAGUCUACGGCGAAAAAGAAGUGCCCCUCCCGACCGGGGAUACUACACGUAUCCUUUCCACGAAUCAGACCAGUGUCGGUACUGGGCUCGGAGCUGUCGGUCUCGUCCUGGGAUGCUUGGUCGCUUCCUACUUCAAUGAAACUUUCGGUCGGAAGCGUACCAUCCUGGGUGUCGUUGCGGGAGUCGGCAUCAUCGGCACUCUGAUCCAAGCUCUCUCAGUAAUCCCUCACAGCUAUUGGACGUGUGUGAUCGGAAAGAUGAUCAUCAAUGCUAGCUUGGGUACGGCUAUUACGGUCGUCCCACUCUACAUGUCGGAAUGCGCCCCUCCUGCGGCGAGGGGUGGCUUUGUCGCUUUAUACUCAAUGUUUCAGGCUUUUGGAGUUCUCCUUGGAUCGAUCGUCAUCUACAUCAUCAUUGACGAAAUGAGUAUGAUCAACUACUUGCUUCCCAUCAUGUUACAGGCUAUACUUCCGUUGUUUCUCUUAGCAACCGUCCCUUUCAUCUGCCCUGAGAGUCCCCGAUGGCUUGCUACCAAAGGGCGACUCGACGAAGCGACAGCUGUCUUGGAUUCCUUGCGACCCAAGACGGCCGACUCUCACGAGCAACAUAUGAAGGAAUCGAUUGAGAUAAAAGCCUCCUUCGACGCUCAGAGUAGCUCGGGCGGCGAAGGAUCCUGGAUUGACCUGUUCAGGAAGGGAAACCUCAAACGCACCUUGACUGUCAUAGGUUAUCAAUGUUUACAGCAAGCGCAAGGCGCGAGCUUUAUGACAUAUUACCUCGUCGUUACUUUCCUCGGGAUGGGUAUCUCGAACGUGUACUUGGUUCUGAUCGGCUUCGGUAUCUGGGGCAUGGGAAUCGCAUUUGUGUGCUUGUUCUUGCCGGAUCUGAUCGGUCGGAGAGCUUUGCUGUUGGGAGGCUCUUGCCUGAUGUUCGGCGGGUUGAUUGUUGUGGCAGCGGUCGGAGGAACCGUAGUGCAACCUACUGGAGCCUUGGCGAACCUGGUCAUCGCCUCGAUCUUUUUCUGGUCCUUGGGAUUCUCCGGCGGUUGGGGCUCCGUUGUGUGGCUUAUCUCGGCGGAAAUACCCGCAAGGCCGGUUGCUGAAAAGACUAUGGCUCUCGGUGGCGCCUCUCAGUUCGCUAUUUCGGUCCUCAUCACCUUUGUGGCUCCGUACAUCCAGAACCCUGGCUACGGAAAUUUGGGUCCGAAGAUUUGCUAUAUCUUUAGUGCAUUCUGCUUAGUAGCGUUCAUGUUCGUCUACUUGCUGGUGCCCGAGACUGCUGGAAGGUCGAUCUUCGAAAUCGAACAAAUGUACGAGGCGGGUCUCCCCGCCAGGAAGUUCAAGUCCUACGAUAGCUCUAACCUGGUGGCCGAAAAGCAAAAGGAGCUGGGCCUGGAAGAAGAAAAGCUUUCGGUUCCGGACAAGAUGGAGCUCGACGACAAAGAUCGGGAGAUCUCGCACUUUGAGGACUCUCGUGGCCAGGCCUUCGCAUGAGUCGACAAGAGCUCAAUCCAGAUCGAGGCCGGCAACAGCAUUGGGCCGGUCUCUGAAGACGAUCAAUAAUCGAAAUCCCGUACCAGUUGUAUCAGUAUUCCUUGAGAUCUAUGAAUAAAAUUCUGAAUUUUUCA